CCUAGUACCCGACAUCCUAGAUGCUUCUUUUGGCACAGUCAGCUUACAGUUGAUCGACGCAGUUCUGAAGAGUGGUUGGACUGGUUGUUUCAGAUGUCAGUCUACAUUUAUGCAUUGCAUGUUUCAGUUUUGGGACUCUCAUACCAGUAUUGAGAGUCCCAAAUUUUCGGACUAGUCCUACAGUAUCUUUUUCAAUUAUAAAAAACAGCGCAGUGGCUAUAGUUACGGCAGUCGUCUGUCUGGUUCUCUCAACUUAUUGUAUUUAAGCCCCCUCGAACUGCGCGUCCACACAUCCCACGAACUUGGAUUUUCAUGAUAGUACCACACACAUGGACACACUGGUUGUAAAUUUCAACACAGCUUACUUUUGUGGGCUUAUUAAAUAUAUUCCUUGUUGGACUCUGAAAAUACGGUAGGACGUUUUGUAUUCAGGUCCCACACCAUCGACUCUUUCAGAAGAUUGAUCAGUAAGGUGUCCGACAGGUUAUUGUUGAUGGGAGAGCUGGCAAAGAGGCACCAGUAUACAUACAAGGAGUGUAUUAGGUCCGCCUCUCUUUUUGAUAUUCAUCGAUGACCUACCUUCCUGCGUCAAAAGCUCAACAACCCGCCAUUUUGCAGAUGAUUGCGCGCUGGUUGAAAGGAAACCAAACUAAUGGCUUACCGUUCCCGAGAAAAGACGACAAAACCCAGGUUGUUUACAUCGGACACGACGGAGUACGAAUUCGUUUUUUCCUGUCGUUUUCAGUUCAGUCAAUGUACGAUACACAUUGCGUGUGUCUAUUAUAAGCCAUUUGUUGUCAUGGAUGUGGAAAAGCUUCAAGCUCAGCUUGAAGAUGCAAGGAGAGAGAUUGAGGUCUUGAAGAAGAUGUUGAACUUGAAGGAGAAAAAUCCCAAGGGACAACUGGAGAAGGAAGAGGGGCUUCCGGAUGAUUGUCCUAUGAAGGAAGAGUGCUGUGAAAACACAGCUCUUUCAAGAAAGAAAACAAAAUUGGACAAUGCAAGUAUUGAACGUUAUUGCCGACAACUCAUUCUACCAGAAAUUGGUGUCAAAGGUCAGCUCAGUCUGUGCAAUAGCUCUGUUUUGAUUGUUGGUGCUGGUGGCCUGGGAUGCCCUGCUGCUAUUUAUCUAGCUGCUGCGGGAAUAGGUCACCUUGGUAUUGUUGACUAUGAUGCAGUAGAGCUAGGUAAUCUACAUCGCCAGGUGCUACACUCUGAGGCUGGAAUAGGACACUCCAAGUCUACCUCCAUCUCAUCAAGUGUCUCAAGGUUGAAUUCCUCAGUGACUUGUGUUCCUUACCAUAUGCAACUGGACAGUAGCAAUGCCAUGGAUCUUGUUCACAAAUAUGACAUAGUGCUGGACUGCACUGAUAAUGUAGCAACGCGAUACCUGCUAAAUGAUGCCUGUGUUUUGGCAAGGAAACCACUGGUCUCUGGCAGUGCACUAAGGUUUGAAGGUCAGCUGACUGUGUACAGCUAUGAGGGUGGCCCAUGCUACCGAUGUCUUUAUCCUAAACCUCCCCCUCCUGAGACAGUCACAAACUGCUCCUCUGGAGGCGUUCUUGGUGUAGUUCCUGGGAUCAUUGGAUGCUUUCAGGCACUGGAGGCAUUGAAAAUUGCUCUGGGUAUAAGUGUUUCCUUCAGUCAGAAGCUUCUCCUUGUUGAUGGAUUAGAUGGCAGUCUUCGCACCAUCAAACUAAGGCCAAAACAGCCAGGCUGUGCUGUCUGUGGCACCCAACCCUCGGUCAAAAAUCUCAUCGAUUAUGAACAAUUUUGCGGAGCAAGUGCCACAGACAAGUGUGUGAGCCUUCAUCUUCUCUCUCCUGAAGACAGAAUCAGUGUUGACAACUUGUCAUCGAUACUUCAAGAGGAAAAUGUGGUCACGUCAUUAGUCUUACUGGAUGUCAGACCAGCAGUGGAAUUUGAAAUCUGCAGACUGCCUCAUUUCAUCAAUAUUCCAAUCAAUGAUUUAGGGAAAUCAGAUUGUGUGGAUCUCAUCAGAAGAGAGGCUGUCAAUAGAGCAGACACUGGGGAGAAAGCACAAGUGUUGGUGAUUUGCAGACGAGGCAAUGACUCGCAGAUUGCUGUGAAGUUGUUACAAGAGAAGCUAGCCUCUUUUCCAGCUGUGAUUAAGGACAUCAAAGGGGGAUUAGCAGCAUGGACUAACCACAUUGAUCCCAACUUCCCCAGAUACUAAGGAGUAGAGACUAAGAUUUGUAAAUGGCCAAAACCACAAUAAACAUCUUCCUUGUAGUAUAGACUGCUGUCAAAUUCACACCAACAAAUACAGAUGUUUGUGUUUGUGACUUGGGUUACUUGCGUGAGCAGAGGGUCGGGGUUCAAAAGCAGUAUCCUUGAGUUGGCAGGAUUCCCCCAAUCAAAAAGCUAGAAAGUCCUGGAAUUUAGAGCAAUCAUGGAAAGUCAUGGAAUGAUGCGUAAUAUUUGGCUAAGGCAGUCCUCCAGUUUGCAUCCCAAUUUCUAUAUUUCCUCUUACGAAUGUAUACUCAUCGGUGUUGUCGGACUCGAGUCACAUUUUUCGUGACUCGAACUCGACUCGAGUCACAUUGGAAAAUGAUUUGGACUCGGACCCGACCAUGAUGACUCGGACUCAAGCUUGGUGACUCGUGACUCAUCAAAGAAAAAAACAAUGUUAUGUAUUUGUGCGACGAACGUAGCAUUCUCUUUUACUCCAUACACAAAACACGGCACCGUGGAAAAUCAUAUCCAGGGGCCGCGCACGCACGCCUAGCGCCUGCACGACAAGUACCAGGGCCUGGUGUCAUGCCAAAAAGAGUCCGGUACCAGCGAGUUUCUGCUUACGUUUAUUAAAACGCAGCCCUAAGGCUGAAUUAAAAUGGCAGUACAUGAAAAAAACAUUAAAAAGUGAUUAAAAUUCAAUCUAACAAGCACUUUACAAGAGACAAUCUAAAAAAAAAAUACUUUAAAAUUCAAAACUUAUAUUUGAAUUUUCAAUAAAUAAUAUAAAACAAAAAAUAAAGUUCAGAUUAGGAUAUGCACAGUGUCACAGACUACAAAACAAUUGAAUAAGUGGAACAAAGUGGGACGUCAAGGGAAGGGGUAGGGAUGGGAAAGGAUCAUUGACGAAUAAUGUUUUGAUGAUAAAAUAUGGAGGGAAGGGAUGGAGGUUUUUUUUAGGGAUGGGAAUUAAAAGGAAAGCACAUUUUGGGCCUAAACAACAUGUACACACACACAAGAUAAACUAUAUACACUGGGAUUUACUUAAAAGACAGAAUGGAUGAUUGAAAAAUAAUUUUAAAAAAUUGAUUACGUGUAGUUUGAUGAACAACUAAGAACAAGUGACUUGAGACUCGGACUCAGCGUUGGUGACUCGACUACAACACUGAUACUGAAUACUUGUUGCUCAAUAGUCUUGUCAAACUGGAAGACUUGCCUCAGUGUAAUGACUGGCCAGUGUAUUGUAAAGAAGAUGCAAAAUGUAGAAAUUGGUGAUGGAUCAUGGAAAGUCCUAAUUUUGUCCUGGAAUUUCAUGGAAUAUAUUCUAAGAUUUGUGUGGGAACCCUGAGUAAGCCUCUCUCCACCCAGGAGUAAGGGGUGCUAGUCAGAAGUGCACAGGGACUACAGCCAAAAUCACAACAUAACCAAAUGCUGCUCAGUAAGAAGUUUUCCUGUGCGGUUAAGAGUGAAAGUUCUUUUUUAUUAAAUAGGCAUAGCAGUGUUAACAUUGCAGGGGUCAAUUUCAGGAAACGCAACUCACAACUUGUCCCAGGAUCGAUUUCACCAAACUUAAGAUGCAUACAACACAUCCUAACUUCCUUAGCAACACUACUGAACUCGUCUUAACUUAAGAUUGGUCUAAGGGUCAUCUAAUGUCAUGAUUAUGUGCAUUAGUUUGUAUCUCAAAAUCAGUGCACUGUCUUUUCAUUAAAGGCGAGUUUCGGCCUAAGGAUGUAUUUUCGCGACAGUUUCAAAGCUAAUUUCAACACAAGAGGAGGAAAACCACUGUAGAAACAGUUAUGAAAGGAGUUUUGACAUGCGGGUAGUUUUAAUAAUGAUUUAUUUCUAACUUAAUUAUAACCCUAGACCUAAAUAACAACAUUACCGGUUCUCGAUAUAGAGGGAUGAAACCGGGGAGCGAUUUGGGCAAUCAUAAUUAAGGGUAUUAAUUCAGUGGUUAACUGUGACUAUGUAAUGCUAUAUAAGCACACAAUAAUUUUUUUUCCAGGUGAAACUUCAUGUUCUAUGAAUGUGCAGGAAAAUUGAUUUUGUGCAUUUCUUAUCAACCAUUUCCUCGAGCAGUAAAAACAAACAUGAAACAGCCGUAAAAUUGGCAAUUGGGUCUUUGUUCAAUCACAAUUCCCUUAACCUGUAUUUCCGUCACAUCUUGCUCAAGAUGCGUUUAGUGAAAUCGGUCCUAGAACGUAUCUUAGCUAGGAUCGAUCUUUCAGCAGGGACUCGUCUUAAGUCCUGAGAUGAGUUUUGUGAAAUCGGCCCAGGACAAAUUGCAUUUAUAUCAGAUGUUUACACGGUCUCUGCCAAUUGCAAACUGCUAUAAUUUUUGUUACAUCUUGUUUUGGAUAUUGUCAUUUCAUUGGUCUAAAACUGCCACGUGUCCAGUCUAAAAUGACUGGUUAUUCAUAUGAACUGAGUUGCAUAUAAUCAUGUUGCAUAUAUUCGCGUACAUGAAGGGUGCAUGUGUAGGGCUAGUCUUGGGCCAAGUGAUCGAUAGUGAUUUUAGUUAAUGUUGCUCACGCACAACUGUUUUUUACUUUCUCUCACUAACGUCUUGGGAAUUUUGCAGGAAUUUUGCAGGAAUGGAGGCGUGGCCGUUAUAUGUAAAUUAGACUGUUGAUGUAAAUAUUAAUAUCGUCAAACAAAAUGGCAGCUUCCUAUUUAUACCGGUAGUCGCGCGUGGGUAUCACCGAGUUGCAUUAGCGAAGCUUGAUCACCACACUUCACAGUUGAAUUUCCGCACAUAGCACGUAUAUUUACAACCGCGCGACUGAACAUAAACCAUUACGCGAUCGCUGAUUGAUUCCCUAGAAAAGCUUAGGGAAAAGUUAAACCGCUACUAUGAAAUUCCAAAGAUAUUAGUACAUGACGCGAUGGUCUUAUUAUUGUGUCAUUAAGAGGGCGCACUAUGCACGAUCCGGUGUUGAUCACUAGCGUCUUGGGCCAAGACUAGUGUAGGACCCACGCACCUCAGAACUCCACCGUUCCAAUCUCAUGUCUGGCAGGACAGCUCACAGUAAUCAAAACUACUUACUCUGCAGUGAUUUCAUUUAUUUUUUGAUUAGAGAUUUUAAAUCUGUAUCUUUGUAACUUAUUGGCAAGAUAUAACAAAACAAUUGUUGACUGCUGGAUGUGGCAUAUGUUGUUUUUAACCCCCUUAGGGCGCAUAGCAUCCUCGGCGUCACUUUGUGUGUUGUGCACCCCUUGGGUAUUAAAACCGCCAUAUCUCACAUCACAGCAGUCAACAAUUGUUCAACAUUAUCUAAUAAUAGAGGCUAGACUACAGAUCUCCAAGUAAUCUCCAAGGUAAUUUGUAGUAAAUAAAAUAUGUUUUAAAAACUAUUAUAGUAAUUUAUCACAGAAGUAAGUACACAUGUACUUUGUAUGUUGUCAUAAUGACCAAAUGGAACAGCGCCUUUUUGCUACAACACACCAUGGAACAGGCUUCAUGCUGUAGUGGGGCGAGACCUGUGUGAUUGCAGUGCAUGUAUUUCCUGUCACAUAAUAUGGCAGUUGUGUCAACAUCGGACUAUUUGUAACAUGUCUGCAUUUAAGCCUAUUUUGAUGAACAGUUUAAAUAUACAUGUACUGCGACAGAAAUAUCGUUUUAUGACUGUCAUAAAUCAAAAUUUUAAAAAUGAUUCUACUUUCAACAUACCCAUAAGUGUCCCUGUACUGUUUCUGCAUUAUAAAAUUACCAAUUAGUUUGUGUGACAUUAUUCAUAGUUGUUCAAUUUCAGUAAAAUUUCUGUUGGACUUGAGUUUUC